AUGGCUCUGAUAACAGCAGCCUCAGCAACAGCAGCACGAGCAGUAGCAGCAGCAGGACAACUAGCAGAUGAUUACAUCGCACUAGAAACAAGAGAUGCAUCACCAGCACAUUUUUUGUUCAAGAUUGAGUCGUGCUCGUUGCUUCAAAACUGCGAGAUUGAUAAAUACGAAACAAAUGAUUUUCUGGCUGGAGAACAUAAGUGGAAAUUAAUAAUUUAUCCUAAUGGAGAGGAUAAAGAAAAAGAUUGCGACUAUAUUUCUAUAUACUUGGCUAUGGGGGACACAAGUUCAAUGCCUGCAAACUGGGAGGUCAAUGCUGUGUUUAGCAUCUUUCUUUACAAUCAGAUUCAUGACAACUACCUUUAUUCAUUAGGAAUAACAAGACGUUUCCUAGGAGUGAAGCCCCAAUGGGGUUUUUCAAAAUUUAUCUCUAAGAAGUUCCUAACUGAUUCAUCGAACGGAUACCUAGUUAAUGACAGCUGUGUGUUUGGUGCUGAGGUUUAUGUUGUUAAAAAAGAAGCAUUCACAACAGAGUGUUUGUCUUUGAAGAAUUUUGAAAUUCCUUACAAGCGUGAUUGGAAGAUUCCAAACUUCUCCAAACUCGGACAUGUUUGGGAUUCCGAACAAUUUUCUGCCGGGGGCCACAAAUGGAUUGUUCGGCUUUAUCCCAAAGGAUAUGGAGAGGCAUCUGGCCGCCAUGUCUCUGUCUAUUUGUACUAUUGUUGUUCCAAUACUGGUACUGUGUGGUAUGUCGGUUCCAACGAUAAUUGGGGAUGGCCUAGCUUCAUAGAGAUUGCAACUAUAAAUGAUCCUAAAAAAGGAUUCAUUGUGAAUGAUUCUUGUCUUUUAGAAGUGGAGAUAUCUGUGAAAGCUGUUGUGCAAGUUUCUCCCUAG